CACACAACACGCAUUGCAUUCAUAUAUAUCCAACCCCAUAAAACCAAAGAAAAACCAAACCUCCAUCUUCAUUCUUCUUCACCUAUCAACAUAAUACAAACACUCCAUUAUUUUACAUAUAUAUUAUAGCUAUGAGUAAUUUCAAUGAUGAUCAAAACCAUGAUGAUCAUAAUUAUUAUCCAUUUGGAAAUUUCUAUCAUGGAUCAAGUCAAAGCAACUUCAACAAAAAAAUCUUGUUAACCGCUAUAGUUUCUUUGGUACUAGUAUUGAUUUUGGUCUUGGCUCUUCAUCUCUACGCUAGGUAUGUUCUCAAACGCCAAGCUCGCCGGAGAGCUGCCAUUCAUCAACUCAGCCUCACCGUCGCUCAUGCUCACGUUCAAUUCGCCGAUCCAUCAAACACCGGACUCGAUCCAACGCUCAUCGCCACUCUUCCCACUUUCCUCUUCAAACAAAAAGGAAAACAAGAUGAAGAACAAAACAACAAUAUUGUUGAAUGUGCAGUGUGUUUGAGUUUGUUAGAAGAUGGAGAAAUGAUGAGGUUGCUUCCUAAUUGUAAGCAUAGUUUCCAUGUAGGCUGUAUCGAUAUGUGGUUGGCUUCGCAUUCCACUUGCCCAAUUUGUCGAACCAAGGUUGAACCGCGGCUCGAACCAGAAACACGCGAGGGUCCCACUUGGUUUAAACCAUCGUCCGAAAGUACUUCAGAUGGUGGUGGUUCGAUUAAUGAGUCCCCCAAGAAUAUUUCUCGAUUGAGUUCUUUUCAAAGGAUUCUUACCAGAGAUAGAUCUUCUAGAAGAAUUCAACCUUCUAGUACGGCUCGUGUUGAUAUUAUUAUAGAUCGUGAUUUAGAGAGACAAUAAUUUUUUCAUGUAACAAAAUUUAGAUCAGAAAAGAUAAAUUAUGUAAAAUUUGAAAGAGUUACCAUAUUUGAUUGAUGAUUUACCAAAUAUUAAUAUUAUUAUAUUGUUGUUAUUAAUAUUAAUGAGGUAUUACUACUCUAUAUGGGUUUAAAUUUUUGUAAAAUGAUGAUGUAAUAGUUUUGACAUUUUUUUUACAUGUUAAUUUAGUCAAAAGUACGAGCGGUUUUGGUGUUGAAUUUCAUUAAUCGUGCAUUAUUAAACUUAUUAUGGACAAAGGAUUUGGUGUUUGGUAACAUGGGUUAACGUAAUAUAAUGACAUGAAAAUAUAUAUUAAUGGGGAAGAUUAGGUGGUUGCUCCAUGUGAUGUGAGCUAGCAAUUGUACUUAUGUUUUUGUUUUGUUUUUCAGUUUGUUGUUUUGUUGUGUUUUAUUGGACAUAUUUGGUGAGGGAAACGAGAACCAUGAUCCUGAUAAUUGGGAUUUGUGUUGACUUACUCAUGUGAAAAUGUAUGAAGAUAAACAAAGGAGUAGAUGGAAUCUUUGAUUGAUGAUGAUGACAUUUGUUUUUGUCAAAUUAGUAGUAGCGUUUUACUCAAGUUUUCAGUUAUUGUUUUUUAAAAUAUUUGGUGUAACUGGCCACUAACUAAUAAACCACUUUUAUGGAUCCAUAUUAGAGGGGCCAAUAAGGGCCAACAUUUGAAUAGAGAAGUAGGUCUUGGUUUUGAAAACGUGUACAAGGGGGAAAAAAGGAGGUACUUGUGGUUCAAAGGGAAAUGAUACGUAAAGUUGGUGUGAAUUCGUAUAUAACGGAUGAACGGUUUUGAUUAAUCUCAAUCGUUUAUUUCAGUAAAAUACAUACAAUUAAUAACAUUAUUUGAUAGAUAGA